UUGUCUGCGACGAACCUGGCCACGUACCACCACUUACAGUGCGACCUCUACCUUCAUUCCGUCUACCACCGCGCUCCCGUCUCUGCGUUGACCGCCAACAAGGAUGGCAAAGGCCACACCCCCGCCCCCCGCCCGGGCGCCACCUCCCGCGCCCACUUCUCCCGCGGGCUCAAGUGGGAGCACGACCUCCUCCACGCGCUCGACCGCGCCAACCAGCUCCUGACUAUUCUCUCGGUCCCCGUUCCACACGACGGUCUGAUCGCUACCAUCGACUGCGACGAGCGCGACCACUUUUACAUUGCCAAUGCCUCCUUUUGGCCGCCUCAGCGUGCCCUCGACGCACUUUACGCCCAAGCCGGUAUCUCAAAUCCCGUCCGCUUCGGUCUUGCCAAGCCGGAUCUCAUCGAAGUCAAGCGCGCUGAGGGGGUGACGACCUGGCGAGUCAUCGACGCCAAGUCAAGCGCGUCCGUCAAGACCGCGCACCACGUCCAGAUCUACUUCUACCAUCUCUGCUUAUCACAUAUCCUCCCGGGCUCCUACGUCCCCGCGACCACAGCGGGCGUCUGGCUUCCAUCCUCUCCGCCCUCCGCCUCCUCCCUCGUUUCAACACCCAUCGCGCUCCUCGCGUCCUCACUCCGUCCCUUCCUCUUCUCCCGCCUCCCGCGCCUUCUCGCCCUUCCCGCUGCCGACGUAUCUUGGCACCUCAACCCUCUUUGCCGCACCUGCCCGUACGAGCCUGCCCAUCGCACCCGUGCUCUGACCGAAGGCGCUAUCGGCGCCAUCCCCAACGUAAGCGUCGCUGAUAAAGGCGCCCUCGAGCGACUCCUCGGCGCCGCCCGAGCCCGCGACGCCAAACUCGGUAUUGGCGACAUCGAAGACCUACAUCUUCUGUUCUCCAACCCGAACGCCGUGGACGCGCUCGAGCGCGCGUUCCCGAGCGGUGUCAAGAGCGCCAAGCGGAUCCUCGGCGUACCCUCGCGGACCCGCCCACAUACGUCGCCAAAUCCGAGCGCGGUACUCGAAGCCGCGCUCACGCGCACCGUCCAAGUCAUCCCCCGGCGCAGCUUCACUCUUCCUGUCGCGGAAGACCUCGCACUCGUACUCUCCCUCGUUCUCGACCCCGCCACCGACGGCGUCGCCCUCUUUUCCCUCUCCCUCUUUCCUUCGCCUGUGGUCACUCUCCCAUCCAGACUACUCGAUCAGAUGGGCAAGGCCGCACAACUCGUGCCCGCGCUCGCCGCCACCAUCCGCGCCACCCUCGCCCUCGGGCAAGUCGUCCGUGCGCAGUUUUACGUCUUCUCGUCUCAGGAACGCACCGCGCUGCAGCGGCACCUUAUCGACGCUGCCCUUGUCGCGGGUUCAGACAAGACUGGGGAUGAUAAAGGCCCGACCGACGAUGAGGAUGACGUCCGCCUAUGCAUCGCUGCCCUAUGCGAAGGCGCCUCGCUCCUCGCGACCGCCUUUCAGCCCCUCAUCCUCUCCGGCGCGCUCCUCGACUUCCUCUCGCGCAAAGGCACGCGCACCAAGGCCGAGCUUCGCACUUGCCUCCGCCGCAUGGGUGUUACCGACCUCGCGCGGACAGAGACGGUGGAGCGCCUCCGCUUGCGUGUGGCGGAGGAGGUCGAGCGGCUGAAACAGCUUGGCGGGCGCGCGCAGCCUGACUCCGACGACGGAGCAGGGACCGCCGGCAAGGAAAUAGGCCAGCUGCCGCUCGUCGUCGUGCUCAAGCGCGAGAUCGAGCGGCUCGUCGCGUUGCCCGUGCCGGGAUACUGGGAUCUGCCGGAGUGCGCCGUCGCGCUGCUCGGAUCCGCUGCCGCGUACGCGAGCGACGACGAAAUCUUCGCGUCCUACGACGCCGGGCGCACGGUGGAGGCCGAGGGGACGCUGCGCAAGCGGAACGAAGGCAUCAAGCGCGUGCUGGACGCAGUGAGGGCUCGUAUCACCAAGGAGGGACGGCAGCUGCUGGUCAACGAGGCAAAGCCGCUCUCCGCAGAGUUCAUGGAUUUGUGCGAGCAGCCGCAUAUACGCAAGUUGUUCUACAUGCAACAGUUCGAGGUGCUAGCGAAGCUCAGCGAGCUGUGGCGCAACCGCGUCGACGGAUGUCCAGAUGCACCGGUACUGGAGCACAUCUCCUCGUCGUCAUCGAGUGCAGGCGGCACUUUGCAUACAUUCCGCCUCUUAUCCGGCACGCUCGACGCCCCCGGCGGUGACAAGCCACACGCUCCGGACCAACAACGCUCCUUCUUCGACUUCCUGCUCGCCCCGGACGACGACUCUGAAGGGUCCGACUCCGAUAUCCCACCGGAAGCUCUCUUUGACGACCUGCCGGUGAUGGGCAUGGUCUUCCCGCUCAAUCGCUGGACGCGGCCGCGGUGGGAUAUGCAGCCCGCCAGGGUUCGGCGCUCGCUGCUCGUUGCAGACGUGCGCGACAUCACCAUCGACGCCGACGGGAUGCACACGCGCGUGACGCUGUGUACGUGGGGUGAGCGCGCCGCGCAGCCUGGCGUAGGGCGGCGGUACCGGCUGUCGCCGCGCCUGGUCGAUUUUAACCUGACGAAGGCGUUAUCCACGCUGCUCGAGCUCGACAUGCGAUGUGCUGGCGAGGGCGGCGAUGAUGACGAGGGCGAUGGCGUACCGCCAUUCGUACAGCUCAUCUCGGACCCCCGAGCGCUUGCACUCGAGCAAGCACCCGAAGGAGCACGACUCGGCUCGCGGUUCCUGCGGCGGGAACACGCGAUCCAGCGCACGUUCAGGGAAAGAGCGGAUCUUGGUACUGAGGAGGCGCGAACGCUGCUGCUCAAAGCAUCGCAGCGGCAAGCCACGCGCCGGAUCCUCUCCAGCCGGCUCGCGGUGGUGUGGGGACCACCAGGG